AGGAGCGGAGGGGGGGGGCCGCGACCCGGCCCGCGGAGCCGGCGCCAGCGGGCUGCUGAGGUGGCUGUCGCCGGCUCGGAGCUGCGGCUUCCCCGGGUCGAGCCCCCGAUGGAGGCCGAGGCCGCGGAUGGCCCCCCGGGCGGGGUCGAGGCGGCGCUCAGCUGCUUCUCUUUCAACCAGGACUGCACAUCCCUAGCAAUUGGAACCAAAGCCGGUUAUAAGCUGUUUUCUUUGAGUUCUGUGGAGCAACUGGACCAAGUCCAUGGAAGCAACGAAAUCCCGGAUGUCUACAUCGUGGAGCGCCUCUUCUCCAGCAGCCUGGUCGUGGUGGUCAGUCACACAAAGCCGCGGCAGAUGAACGUCUAUCACUUCAAGAAAGGCACGGAGAUCUGUAAUUACAACUAUUCCAGCAACAUCUUGUCCAUAAGGCUGAACCGGCAGAGGCUGCUGGUGUGCCUGGAGGAGGCCAUCUACAUCCACAACAUCAAAGACAUGAAGCUCUUGAAGACCAUCCUGGAUAUUCCUGCCAACCCAGCAGGUCUCUGUGCCCUCUCUAUCAACCAUUCCAAUUCUUACGUGGCCUAUCCUGGAAGCCUGACCACAGGCGAGAUUGUGCUUUACGACGGACACUCCCUGAAAACUGUCUGCACGAUUGCUGCCCACGAGGGGACGCUGGCCGCCAUCACCUUCAAUGCCUCGGGCUCCAAACUAGCGAGCGCAUCUGAAAAAGGCACCGUCAUCCGGGUGUUCUCUGUACCUGACGGGCGAAAGCUCUACGAGUUUCGGAGAGGAAUGAAAAGGUACGUGACAAUCAGCUCCCUAGUUUUUAGUAUGGACUCGCAGUUCCUCUGCGCCUCGAGCAACACCGAGACCGUGCACAUCUUCAAGCUGGAGCACCUCACCAACAGCCGACCCGAGGAGCCCUCCACCUGGACUGGCUACAUGGGAAAGAUGUUCAUGGCCGCUUCCAACUACCUCCCCGCCCAGGUGUCCGACAUGAUGAACCAGGACAGGGCCUUUGCCACCGGGCGCUUGCACUUCUCUGGGCAGAGGAACAUCUGCACCCUCUCCACGAUCCAGAAACUGCCAAGACUCCUGGUCGCGUCUUCCGAUGGACACCUUUACAUCUACAAUUUGGACCCUCAGGACGGAGGAGAAUGUGUCUUAAUCAAGACCCACAGCUUGCUUAGCUCAGGAACAACAGAAGAAAACAAAGAAAAUGACCUCAGACCUCCAUUACCUCAGUCUUAUGCAGCGACCGUGGCCAGACCAAGCACGUCUUCUGCCUCUACCGUGCCAGGUUAUUCUGAGGACGGCGGGGCCCUCCGAGGAGAGGUUAUUCCUGAACACGAGUUUGCGACGGGACCAGUAUGCCUUGACGACGAGAAUGAAUUUCCCCCUAUAAUCUUGUGCCGUGGAAGUCAGAAGGGCAAAACGAAGCAGUCAUGAUGAGAAGCGCACCUCAGAAAGCAGGACACCCCCUGUCAGG